AUGCCUUUAUUCACUCUGUUAGUUGAGGAUGGAAAUGGAAAAGGUCAGGCUGUUGGUUAUGCUUUCAUUGCACAAGAAACUGAAAAUACUCUGCAAGAUGUGCUUUCAGAAAUUGAACUUAUACUGAAUCUUAACCAAUUAAAGGUUGUCAUUUUUGACAAGGACCUGAAAAAAAUAGGUGCAGUUUCCAAGGUUAUGCCUACAGCAGAAAUCCAACUGUGUUUAGCUAGUAUAGAAAAAGAUAAUCUAAAAAAAAUAUUUAAAUUGCUUGUGUAUGCAAAAUCAAAGAAAUUGUUUGAUAUAAAUUUGGGUCAUCUUGCUACAGUUGCACCAGAAGUUGUAAUGGCAUACUACAACAAAAAUUGGGGCUUGCCACACCAAGUUAAUUAUUGGGCAUACUAUGAAACUAUCAAGUAUGUUAAUCUUGGUAAUACAACAAAUAACAAGUCCGAGUCCCAUAACCAAAAAAUUAAAAACAUAUUGUCUAGGAAAAUGUCCUUAGCAGAGGCAGUAAAAGGUAUCCUUUUGUUACAUACUGGUAAAUUUGAACAAAUGGCUCAUAUUGAGUUUAAUCAAUCUUUUAAAGAGCUAUAUAGAUUAGGUACUGAUGAAGCUAUAGUUACAGAUGAGAUUGUAAAGGUUCUAACUCCAUAUGCUGCUGGAAUUGUUACUAUGAAACUUCCUUGUCGGCAUAGAAUGGCAGUGAAAAUAGUAAAUGGUGAUGCUAUUUUUAAAGCAGAAGAUGCAGGAGAGCGAUGGCAUUUAAGCUAUCAAAAAAGAAGUUUGCUUUCUCGUAAGACCAGAAGUUUGCAUAAUCAGGCUAACAAUAAACGUCAGAGUUGCCCAAAAUGUCUGAUUUGCCAGAGAUGUCCAAUUCUCCAAACUUUUCUGAAUCUUUGUUCUCUGCUACCAUCUAGUCUAACUUUAAAUGAACAACUUCAAAAUCAAGGAAGCGUUUUAUCUCCAAAUCAAUCUUCUCUAAAUGACAGCGUAAACUUCAAAGAUCUUCCUACAACUAAAUCUGAAUGCUGCACCGGCCAAGCAAUAGAUAUUUUUAAUAAUUUAGCAAGUGUAUGUUUACCUAAAGUCCAUCUAGUUGUAGGAAAUAUCAAGAUUAAAAAAGCAAGGCUCAAAAGGAAGCGGGAUUUGUAUAAUGAUUCUUACCAUCAAUCGUGUCAGCGAAUUUUAGGCAAAACUGCUCAUAAGAAACAGUUAUUAAAAAAGCAACUCUCUGUCAUAGAUCUUCAACUAUUCUCCAUUAAGGACUCAUUCGAGAUGUUAUCUGAUUUGCACAUAAAUAAAGCACAAAAGCGUUUAUUCAUGCAGUUUCCAGAUGUAAAAGGAUUACAAGACCCUAUUCUUGGAUCAAAACUUCAUUUUAGAGUGCAAUCUGGAAAGUUUGUUCAAAUUUUACAUAAUGGUGCAAUGCAUUGGCUUGCCAUUUCAAAUUUUUUAAGUACCCAUCUUAACUCAGUUGAUGCUUUUGAUUCCUUAUAUUAUGACUUAAGUGUUAGUGGAAAGAUGCAAGUAGGAUCAAUCAUGAUGGUUAAAAAACCUUUUUUGAAAUUACAGUUCAAAGAUUUCCAAAGACAAUCUGGUGGACUUGAUUGUGGUCUUUUUGCAAUUGCAGUGGCAACAGAUUUAUGUUACAAUUAUGAUCCAAGCAUAAAAUGCUAUAAGCAAGAACUUAUGCGGAAUCAUUUGUUAAAAUGCUUCAGUGACAAUUACUUAACGCCAUUCCCUAUAGAGGCUAAUGAACGAAAAAAGAAAAAACAACCUAAACCAAUUAAUUUACCACUAUAUUGCAUAUGUCGUCUUCCAGAUAAUAAAGAAGAAAAAUGGUCAAAUGCGACAAUUGUAAGGAGUGGUUUCACGUUUCAUGCCUUUCCAUUCCAAAGAAUAUAUUUGAUAAUUCUGACAACUCUUUACAUUGGCAUUGUAAUUCAUGCAGCUAACUAAGUAUGUCGAGAUAUCAAAGCUAAUCAGUAUAAACGGUAUUAUGUAAGUUUAACCGAGUUUCUCUUCUGUUUCGAGUUGGUGAAGAUAUUCAUAUCCGAGGCGAUGAUGAAAAUGAUAUUUAAAAAAAGUUUUGCUAACCAGAAUAUAAUUAUUACACAUU